CACAAAGAUUGAAGUGGAGAGCGGGCGCAACUUGUUUGGGAAUACGAAAAGACGAGACGAAAUAAAAUUACUAACUUAAAAAGCAAAAACUUGUCAUGUGAGAGAAAAAAGCAACAACAGAAACGGAAAACAAAAACAUUAAUGAAUGAGCUGCGGGAGAACUGAGCGAUAGAGAGAGAGAGAGAGAGAGCGGGUGAGUGAGAGAGUAGGUAAAGACAAAGCUCUGCUCGCUGCUGCUGCCAACAGUCAAUACUAAAGGCGGCCCCGGCAGCAUCAGCACUUGAAACGUGCGAGAACGAAACACAGCAAAACGGUAAAAGGGCUUUAGCUGAGCGUAAGCUGAGCGGAGCGCGCCUUUGAGCCAAGCUAAGCUGCGCUUUUUGUUUUUGGGUGUGCCACGGCAGUGUGACGAGAACGCGUGAGCAGCCAACACGUAAACGACGCGUUGUGCGCUGCGCCAACAAUAAAAAUCAGUUAAAAAUACACAAGCAACAACAGCAGCAACAACAACAACAGCAGCAGCAGCGGCAGCGGUAGCGGCAGCAGUGCGGCAACAACUCAAGUGUGAAUUGUUAUUGAGGUUAUGUAAGCGGCAAAAGCGAACUAACAAAACGCAAAAACAAAACGUAUUCGCUCUGCGAGCCAAAACACGUUCAAUUACAACAAUUUCAGACACGCGUCAGCCUCGCGCAUUCGCACAUUCCUUAAAAUAAUAUAAAAACCUAAUGGAGCACGAGGCCAAAGCGCAGGCGCAGGCGCAGACGUCGACUGUGACUGCGACUGCGACACCAGAUCAUCCGCUGCAAGAUGUGCCGCUUGAUGGGAGCAGCAGCGAUUUGGCUGCAGCCGAUGACGUACAGCUGACGCCCGAAAAUUGGGUUAAAUUCGACGACGAGACGGACAGCAGUGAGAAAAAUAAUAACAGUAACAGUAAAACUGGCGACGGCAAUGCCACACAGCAGCAGCAGCAGAAACAACAACAACAAAACAAGUUGGCGCUGCCGCCGCCGCCGCCAUCUGUGGUCAGCAGCAACAACAAGAGACGCGCGCGCUCGCGCAGUCCCAACGAGCAGGCUUCAGCAGCAGCAGCUCCAUCACCUGUGCAGCGUACUGCAGUUUCCUCCACAACAGCUGCCGCGUCGCUGCCGGAUGUGACGCCGGCUGUUUUGACAACUGAGAGCACCCACGUUAAUCUGAAUGCAUCCGGCAGUGGCAGCACUCCCCCCCGCCACCCACAGCAGCUAAUAAACCAAAAAGCAACUGCAGCCUCGGCCGCCGCCUCGGCCGCAACAACGUCGGCCUCGUCCUCGACAGCUGCUGCAGCGACCGCUACUCAUCCAAAUGGCAGUGGCAUCAGCAACAACAACAACAACAAUACCAGCGGGAAUGCCACCGGCAAAAGCGUCUCCAUUCCAGUGGAUCAGGCCUCCGGGAUGCGCACAAUUGAAUUGUCAACGGGCCGCAUCCGUGAGGGUUUCGCUAAUGGAGAUGUGAUUGUCACACUUCUGCCGGCCAACACGAAAUGGCCUUGGAUAACCCCGGCCAUAUUUCGUCCGGAGCUGGUGCCCGAGGAGCUGAUGGCACAGGGCUUGACGCUCACUGUGGAGGACUAUGUGAAUGCAAUGGAGACGCUGGUCAACGAUUAUCGCUUCACAGUGUACAACAUUUGCUAUAAGCGCAUUCUCGUCUGCUGGAUACUGUUUGCGUUCACUGUGCUGCUGGCGCUGCUCUUCUCAGGGCUGCAGGGCGUGGCACUCUUUGCCAUGGGCGUCGGCUGGCUGUUCCUGAAUGCGGCGGCCAUAUUUCUGUGUAUGUGGAUGAAGCUGCGGCUGUCGCGCGGCCUGGAGAAGUGUCUGGCGCGUGUGAAUAAGCAGCUAAUGCGGCACAAGAUUUUACUUGUGCUGGACGAUCGGGGCCGCAUCUCCUGUCACAAGGUCAACUUGUGCUUUAUGUACUUUGACGCGACGCAGUGUGUGAGCUUUUUAAACGAGUUUCUCGAGCACACGGAGCAGAAUGGCGGCGAAGCCAUCAAGGCGGGCUGGGAGGCCAAGCUGGACAUUGAUGUGAAUGAUAUUGUCAUACAGGGCAGUCAGCCGGUGCGCCUAUCCCGCAAACAGGCCUUUGCCCAGGAGCUGUUUCUCAGCUAUCUGCAGCGGUGGGGCAAGGACUUUCUGCGCCGCCGCCUCGAUUGGACCGUACAGGAGGCGGGCGUCCAUGAGACACCACGACAUCUGCAAUCGUCAAUUUGCCCGUGCCAGUAUGAGGAGGAGCUCCUGCGUAACAAAAUCAAAAUCAGUCUGCAACAUCGCCAAUGCUGCGGCAUCAAUUGCAUGGGCUGCUGGCUGUAGGCGUGGCCGAUAACGAUAAAAUCGACAAAUCGAAAUUCUUCCUUUCCGCGUUUGCUCCAGUUACAAUCGGAUUGUAAUUUAAUGUUUUUAUUUUAUUUCCUCUAUAAUUUUUGUGCGCCCAUUGUGAAUUCUUCAAAUUAAAAGCUGUUAAAAACGAA